GCUUCACACUGCUAAGCUUGCUAGUUCUGCGCUUGCUUGCUUGUUCUGUAGGUUCGAAUGAAUGAGCUGACCGGCUGAGAAAGCUGGUUGUUUCUCUGCAAUUUAUAUCUUCAGACAGUCAAAACGUCGUACGCAAUGAGAGGCGAUCGGGGCAGAGGCCGGGGUGGCCGGUUCGGGUCCCGUGGAGGUCUUGUGCAGGGGUACCGGCCGUUUGUCCCCCACAUCCCCUUCGAUUUCUAUGUGUGUGAGAUGGCCUUUCCGAGGGUGAAGCCCGCCCCAGACGAGACCUCCUUCAGCGAGUGCCUCCUCAAGAGGAACCAGGACCUCAGCCCUACUCCCGCUGAGCAGUCCUCCAUCUUGUCUUUGGUUACCAAGAUCAACAACGUCAUCGACAACCUCAUCGUUGCCCCGGGAACCUUUGAAGUGCAAAUCGAAGAGGUGCGCCAGGUGGGGUCCUACAAGAAGGGCACCAUGACACAGGGGCACAACGUGGCAGACCUGGUGGUCAUCUUGAAGAUCCUGCCUACGUUGGAAGCAGUGGCAGCUUUGGGCAACAAAGUGGUGGAGACGCUGCGCACACAGGAUCCAGCCGAAGUUCUGUCGAUGCUGACCAACGAGACAGGCUUUGAGAUCAGCUCUGCCGAUGCCACAGUGAAGAUCCUCAUCACCACAGUGCCACCCAACCUGCGCAAACUGGACCCCGAGCUCCACCUGGACAUUAAGGUGCUCCAGAGUGCUCUAGCUGCCAUCCGUCACGCCCGCUGGUUUGAGGAGAACGCCUCCCAGUCAACUGUGAAGGUGCUGAUCCGGUUGCUGAAGGACCUGAGGGUGCGGUUCCCAGGCUUUGAGCCCCUGACUCCCUGGAUCCUGGACCUGCUGGGUCACUCUGCGGUCAUGAAUAACCCCUCCAGGCAACCCCUUCCUCUCAAUGUAGCCUACAGGCGCUGUCUCCAGAUGCUGGCUGCAGGGCUCUUCCUGCCAGGUUCCGUGGGCAUCACAGACCCCUGCGAGAGCGGAAACUUCCGGGUGCACACAGUGAUGACCCUGGAGCAGCAGGAUAUGGUGUGUUUCACGGCCCAGACGUUGGUGAGAGUUUUGUCUCAUGGAGGUUACCGAAAGAUCCUUGGCCUGGAGGGAGAUGCCAGCUACCUGGCCUCAGAGAUGUCCACGUGGGACGGCGUCAUCGUCACCCCCUCGGAGAAGGCCUAUGAGAAGCCCCCGGAGAGGAAGGAGGAAGAGGACGAGGCCCUGGACGAGGGAGGGGAAGGAGAAGACGAGAGCAUGGAGACUCAGGAAUGAGCGGGCGUCCCCCCCCACACGCUCCGCACCCACACCCCUAUAUGUGUCAUCUGGUCUGGUCUUGUUUUUAUUAUUGGCCAAGCCACUCUUGUGUAUUUUAUUUAGAGGUGAUUUUGUUUUUCUGUAAGCCCACCCCCUCUCCCCUUAAAGGCCCUCAUCGAUUGGACCAAAGGGCCUCGGACAAAGGGAUGAUUAUGAUUGGUCCUUCGAUUGCCUAGCCUUUCUUUUACCCACCCUCUCUCUCCCUCUCUCUACCCUAAAGAGGUAAUUGAGGUCCCCCAUGUGAUGUGUACAAGUAUAAAGUGGUUUUUACUUUCAGAUACAUUAAACCCUUUUUUAAGUACAA